UUAACUUGAAACCUGCAAGAAGAGGGGGGAAGCAGGAGAGUGUUUGCAUGUGUGUGAGAAAGAACAGUUUGAGAACAUCCAGGAUGGGAGGCUUUGAAAGGUACAUUUCUCCAUGGAGUUUGUCAAUCUGAGGUCAGAAGUUGCAAAGCUGUUUCACGCUGAAGCAAGACGAAACCUCCUCCGUAUGCCAGAACAAUGAUGUGUGCGGCUUUUAUUCUUCCUGGAGUCUGAGGAGUUUUCCUCUCCAGCCCUGGCAGCAGUCUUGUGGAGGAUGCCUGUGCUGGAGAGGUUUUUCAGCCUGUCAGACAUGGGAAGGCGUUGGGGGGUUGAGGAAGACCUGGUGCCCUUGUCCCCGGGCAACCGCCCUGCCUGGCAUUGGGGGACCCUGGCUUGGGAGUUGCCCAAGAUGUUCAGGAUGGUGAAGCUCAUUUGGAAAUCCAAAAGUGAGCUCCAAGAGACAAAGCAGAAGAGCCUUCUGGAAAGUGGCAGCGGUCCAAAUAUUUUACCAGGAGAUGCACGGCUGAGAGGUCAGACUGGGGUUCUUUCUGAGCGACGUGGUUCCUACCCGUUUAUAGACUUCCGUCUUCUCAACAAUACCAUUUACUCAGGGGAAAUUGGAACAAAGAAAAAGUUAAAAAGACUGUUAAGCUUUCAGAGAUAUUUCCAUGCAUCCAGGUUAUUACGUGGAAUCGUACCACAAACCUCACUGUAUUUGCUGGAUGAAGACUACCUUGGUCAAGCAAGGCACAUGUUGUCUAAAGUGGGAUUGUGGGAUUUUGACAUUUUCCUAUUUGACCGCUUGACAAAUGGAAACAGCCUGGUAACUUUACUGUGCCACCUCUUCAAUGUACAUGGGCUUAUCCACCAUUUCCAAUUAGACAUGGUUACGUUACACAGAUUCUUAGUUAUGGUGCAAGAAGAUUACCAUAGCCAAAAUCCAUACCACAAUGCUGUCCACGCUGCUGAUGUUACCCAAGCCAUGCACUGCUACCUUAAGGAGCCCAAGCUAGCUAACUUCCUCACUCCUCUGGACAUUAUGCUUGGACUACUGGCUGCUGCAGCUCAUGAUGUAGAUCAUCCAGGAGUCAACCAGCCAUUUUUGAUAAACACCAAACACUACCUUGCCAGUUUAUACCAGAAUGUCUCUGUACUAGAAAACCAUCACUGGAGGUCUACGAUAGGCAUGCUCCGGGAAUCAAGGCUGCUUGCACAUUUGCCAAAGGAAGAAAGGCAAGAUAUUGAACAACAGCUGGGCUCCCUGAUCUUGGCAACAGACAUCAACAGGCAGAAUGAAUUUCUGACCCGGUUGAAAACUCAUCUCAAAAAUCAGGAUUUGAAAUUAGAGGAUGCUCCAGACAGGCAUUUUAUGCUUCAGAUUGCGUUGAAGUGUGCAGAUAUCUGCAAUCCUUGCCGGCUUUGGGAAAUGAGUAAACAGUGGGGUGAACGAGUGUGUGAGGAAUUCUACAGGCAAGGUGACCUGGAGCAGAAAUUCGACAUGGAAAUAAGCCCUCUUUGUAAUCAGCAGAAAGAUACAAUACCUAGUAUACAAAUUGGCUUCAUGACCUACAUUGUGGAACCACUCUUUGAAGAAUGGGCCAACUUUACUGGGAACACUCCCUUAUCUGAAAACAUGUUAAACCAUCUGAGAAGGAACAAGACCAAGUGGCGGAAUUUGCUUCAUAAGCAGCAUAGUAGCAGCAGCAGCAGAAGCGCUGACCACUCAGUUCAAAAGACUGAACAUGAAGAACAGACUUUAAAUGAAGGAGGAACCCUGUAGUACUGGGCAGCUCAGCUCUCUAUACUGCUGUGCAAUUGUACCUUUCACAACAGUGAAUAAAAUCUUAAGGGUCUAUUGGACCAUUGCAGAAAACAAGAAGGCAAGGGGGGAAGCUGAAGCUACAAGUGUCCUGAGUAGAACCUGUGUCCUAAAGCUCCGCCAGAUCUCACUUCCUCAUCUUAUACGAAGCCAUUCAUCGCUUCUCAUCACAAAUUGCUUGAAUGAGAAGCUUCUUAUGGUCAUGCUGAAGCUGGGUUGGUGAGCCAGUGCCAACUAACAGAAAGAUUCAAGGGCACAGCCCAAAGCACUACAUUCUUGGUGAUCAUUUCCAUUCACUUUGGGUCAUACUAUGACAUAUGUUUUUCAACAAAAAGCUUGGAGCAAUGUACAGUCUUCAGUCUGGCAGCUGGACUGCACAUCCAAAACCAUCACCAGCACUGCCAGAACUCAGAGGGCAUCUGGCUACACAAGAGAAUAUAUAUAUAUAUCUCAUUUUAAAUAAACAAAGCCGUUUUUAAA